AUGCUAACACGUCAGGGAGCUGCACGACUUAUUGACGCUGAAUUUCACCGAUUAGCUGAUAUUGAUAUUAAUUUCUCAGAUACACACUCCUUCACUCCAGUUUUUUAUCGUCCUCUCGAAUUCGUCAUGGCCGAAAAAACAGUUUCCACUUUACUUACUAAAACUUUAGAAGAAACACCUAAAUAUUCUGGUCGACCUGAUCAAGACGUAGAUGAAUGGCUCAAAGAUCUUACUACUACAUUUCGUAUGGCUGACAUUACUGAAUCACAAGCUCUCAAAAUAAUACCAACAUUCUUAGAAGGUCCUGCUAAGUUAUGGUUUAAUGAGAACAUUGCUGCAUUUGAAUCCUGGAACACCUUCAAAUCUGAAUUUCUACAUACAUAUUCAUCUCCAACUCUUAAACAACUCGCAUCGAAUCGUUUACGCCAUCGUCAACAACAUUAUGAUGAACCAGUUAUUGAGUAUUAUACCGAUGUUAUGAAAUUAUGCAAAAUUAUUGAUCCUAACAUGACUGAUGUUUCAAAACUUGAUCAUCUCUAUCAUGGCUUGAAGCCAUCUUUACUGAAAGAAGUCUUACGACAAGCACCUUCCACACCAACAGCAUUCUUAGAAUAUGCUCGUCAAGAAGAGGCUUUAGAUCGUUUUGUCGGUAUGUCGAUCAACUCAACAGCCAUUAAUGAUACCUCCAUCAACAGCACACCUACUUAUCCAUCAUCGGCCCCCUUACAGCCCCAUCAACAACAUCUUUAUCCAACUUCAUACAAUCUUCGUUCUCCUGUUUCGUCUCCGCGUGGAUAUCCAUCAACAUCAUCGUUUCCUCGUGUUCAACAACCCUUUCGAACUUCUUCAUCUACUACUUUUCACAAUCCAUCUCGUUCGGUGCAAUGUUAUCGUUGUUUUAAAUUUGGUCAUACUUCCCGUAACUGUCGAAUUCCAAAAAACUAUUAA